ACACUGCUCCAAUGCUCCAUUAUUUUCACAUGUUUAUAUUUACAAAUUCAUUGUGCAAUAAAAUCUACGGAAAUUGAGUUGAGUUAGGGAACACGAUGAGUGACGGUAAGCAACAGAGCCCGGGCGAUGGCAUCCGCUCCAUGCGAAGCACCGGAGUCUUCCGUCUGAUCAACUUUGAGCUGUACACGAAGCCGAACAAAAUCAUCAUGGGUCUGGGACUAACCGCUUUUGCCGGGGUCUUCGGGUACAUCGCCUACAUGCGAUACAAGUACGAAAGUCUGGGAUACUAUGUGGCCGUCCAGGAAAACGGACAGGAGAAGUUCAUCAAGAAGAAAUCGAAUUGGGAGCAGUAAAUCCCUCACUCUGAACAUCGGUCUUGGUGGAAACAUCUUUAUUUACUCAGUAGCACAAUUUGGUACAUAAAUUUGUUGUUUGGGAGUGACUGUUUGUUUUGCCAAAAAAUAGUUAAGAAAUCACAA